AUGGUGGUGAAUCUCUGUCUUCCACACUUUCACACAACGGCUCACUGCAACAAGUUGUGUGCAGAUGGCUAUGAUGUCACAAACCUUGUGUCAGCUGACCCCACCUUUCGGAGGCGAGGCUUCAAGCUAGAGUACUUUGUACGUUCACCCCUACAGGUGACACUGAAGUUCAGCUUUCCGGUAGAGCUCUGCCGGGUGGAUGUGGAGCUCUGGCCCUGGGGAAUGGACCAAGGACAGGUCUGCAAGAGAGUUGAAAUCAGCACCAGUUCAGACCUGAGGCCUUCCAGUGGUCUCGGACUGACCGAGCAACAGGAACAGAGAGUAGAUCAAGAGAGGAAUCAAACUGAAAACAGACCAAAACUUCAACGGGAUGGGGGUAAAUGUCAACAGAGCAGUGGUCACCAGUGGAGCCUUCAGGCCCAACAGUGGGACAAGAACAGCUCUCAACUAAGAGAUCGUGUGUUCAAACCUCAAUCAAACAAUGAAUCCAACAAUUUAGAGUCGGAGUUUAAACUGGUGGCUCGUUGUGAGCUAAGAGAAGGAACCCAAAUUUCUUUCAGACAUUCAAACUUCCGCCCCCGGCCGCCGUUUCUGUCCCCCCCUCCUCCACAGCCGGAGAACUGUCGGCAAGAGAAGCUGUGGAGUCGGGGCCUGUCCUCGCUGGGCGCUGUGAUGCAGCUCCGUGUCACCGUGCCUUUUGGUGGCGCAGCUUCUUCUCUGGGGCUAAAGACUUUAGCUGUGUGGGGGCAACCUGCCCACUGCUGUCCUGUGGAAGAAGUGGAGAGGAUUCAAAGAGCACACGAGUCCAAUGAAAGCCGGGUGAUACAACCUGCAUUUUUUGCUCCACCUGCCAAACAAAGCACACAUCCACUUCAGGCUUCUCCGAGUGUUAAUAUCCCUGAAGAAUUCUUUGAUCCAAUAACACAGGAAGUGAUGACGCUGCCCAUGCUGCUGCCCAGUGGUGUGUCAGUGGACAACACCACCCUAGAAGAAUACCAGAAGAGGGAAGCCGGUUGGGGUCGACUGCCAAACGACCCCUUCACCGGUGUCCCAUUCACUGCAACCUCCCAACCUCUUCCUAACCCCCAACUUAAAAGCCGCAUUGACCACUUCCUCCUGCAGAAAGGGCUGAUGGGGAGGAACGGGAUGUUGGGGAGACAAGAGCAAGGACAGAACCCACACGCCUCUAGACUUGUAGCGUCCAACAUCCACCAACAAUCCCUGAAUCCUGUCAGUCUCGUUCAGACCUCACCAAACUGUAACAGUGUUCAAUCCAAAGCUGACAACAGACACACAAGCUGGACUUCUGUGAAAGAAGAUGGUUCUGGACCCUCAUCAAACGAUGGGAGUGACUUAGCUUCUGCUCAACCUCUUUGUACAGACAGCGAUUCAGAUUCAGACAAACAAAAGAAACGAGAUUUAAGAGAAUUUUCAAAUGAAUCAACAGAAAUAACAUCUGAAAGCAAACUACUACGUCAAACAAAAAGACCAAGAAAUCAUUUGGAUUCAUUCUCCAGCUGCAGCUCUCAUGAGCAGCUCCUGUCGGCCAGUCUGGAUGAGGCCCUGCUCUCUGCCCUGAAGGGCCGACCCUCCUUCACUUCAAACUUGCCCCAACAGAAGGAGAGUACCUCUGACUCCACGGAGCAGUGCCAGAGUUCAGGCUUUAAAAACACAUCUGCAGGCGAGAAGACGUGCUCGGCGUGUUCCUGUUCCGUCUCUGCUUACUCCACAUCAGCAACAUCUGUUUACCGUCUGAUCUGCGGUCACUUGCUCUGCCGUACCUGCCUGCAAAAAGAAUCGAAACAACCCGACUCCGACUCUGCAUCCAGACGCUUUUUAUGUCCCGCCUGCCAAAGUUUUACCCCCCACAGUUGCAUCGUACGUGUGCAUCACUGACAGGUGAAAGAA